AUGUCUGAGGAAGUCAAGCCCACAGAGGAGAAGCCCCCAAGCACCGCCGCGGCGGACUUCACGAAAUACAAGACUGCAGCGGAUAUCACCAAUGCUGUCAUAAGAAAGCUCGUCGCCGCGUGUGUAGAAGGCGCGAAAGUGUUGGAUCUCUGCAUUGAGGGCGACAGGCUCCUCGAGGAGGGCACUGGCGCCGUGUACAACAAGCCCGUCAAGGGUGUGAAAGUUAGCAAGGGCAUCGCGUUCCCAACAAGUAUUUCUGUCAACAAUGCCGUCGCACACUUCUCUCCCCUUCCCUCCGACCCCGCAUCCUCCCAAACUCUCGCCAAGGGUGACGUCGUCAAGGUCCACAUCGGCGCGCACAUCGAUGGCUACGCAGCUGUGACUGCGGAAACACUGGUCGUCGGCGCAUCUGAGAACGAGCCCGUCACUGGCCGGCGCGCGGACGUGCUCAAGGCGGCAUGGACCGCCGCGGAGGCGGUGAUGCGCCUGGUCAAGGUCGGCAACAAGAACUGGGCUGUUACGGAUGCCGUUGCGAAGAUCGCGAGCGCGUUUGACUGCAAGCCUGUCGAGGGCAUGCUUUCGUGCGAGCAGUCGCAGAAUUCCAUCGAUGGGAAGAGGCGUAUCAUCCUCAACCCCAGUGAGGAACAGAAGAAAGGUUUCGAAACCGUCACGUUCGCGGAGAAUGAUGUCUGGGGUGUCGACAUCCUAAUCUCGUCCGGAGAGGACGGAAAGGCGCGUUUGGAGGAGUCUAAGACGACGAUUUACCAGAAAGAGUCGACGGUCACGUAUCAGCUGAAGAUGAAGACCUCGCGUGCGGUGUUCUCUGAGGUGCAAAAGAAGGCGGGAGCCUUCCCCUUCAACGUCCGUGUCUUGGAGGACGAGAAGCGGGCGCGGCUCGGUUUGCAGGAGGCCGUGCAGCACGGACUCGUCAAGCCUUACGAGGUGAUCUACACGCCCUCGAACACGUUCGUCGCGGGCUUCCACUUCACGAUCGCAUUGCUUCCUGCCGGCCCCGCCCUGGUCACGCAUCCGCCGGUGUGGUACAAGGCGGACCUCGUCAAGACGGAAAAGGAGCUCGAGGAUGCGGAGUUGAAGGAACUGCUGACGCAGCCGCUGCGGGAGGACAAGAAGUCUAAGAAGAAGAAGGCGAAGGAGGGUGCGGAGGAGAAGUAA